ACCAACGCCCUCCCAACGGAUCAUACAACGCCGACCGUGAUCGCCCGACUCAAGUAAGUCUUAUCCGUUCUUGUUGGGCGUGGCCCUCUACUGUGUACUCAAUUCACCUUCAUAACCAUGGCCCGCUGACUUCUUCUCGCAGCCCAACCCCAACCCCAACAGUCAUCUUCCUCCUCCUCCCCCUCCUCCUCCUCCUCCACCGCCGUCAAACCCUCAAGAUCCCUCUCGUCCUCCAAUGCCUCAUCAAUAUCGCACCGAGCCGCCUCCUGGCAGCUCUUAUUACCCGCCCGAAUGGCGCACCGUCUCCGUCGCUCCCCCCCACCCCAACGAUGCUUAUAGGACCCCUCCGCAAACGGGUGCUAAUGUGCCCACCCCUCUGUAUGCACACCAGCCACCGGCACCACGACAGCGUACAGCCAUUGCUUGCCGGUAUUGCCGGAGGAGAAAGGUACACAAAAUGGCUUGAUUCUGUGUCGGUCAAGCCGAGGCUAACAAACACCACCUUAGAUCCGCUGUUCGGGCUUCGAGAACACCGAAGACGGUCGAUGCAGCAACUGCGUG